AUGCGCUCGGUGCUGAAAAUCUGCAUGUACAAGAUUACCCACACGGAGUGCGACAACGACAACUGUUACUUCUACAUUGACGUCUGCUCGGACAAGACAACCUCGACGCAUGCGUUGCAUGCGUCCCCUACCCCUCACGCACCGGUUGAGGACGGAUCUGAAAUAAAUAACCUAGCUGACAUUGCCCGCCAAGGCUCUACGGACCAGGCGUUGGGUCAUCUUCCGCGACAAGAACACGAGUAUUUAGCAAUGCCCGUGGAGCGUAACCUCUUGCAGCAGUUUGAAACGCCUCACAGCAUCUAUCUCCACCGCAAAGCAUCAAUCCACCCCACGAUAGCGAACGCCAAGGGCGUGCCAACGAGAUACGCACUGGAGAAGAUGAGGUGCCCGGUCAUGGAUCCGAUGUAG